GACCUGCUGCUGCUGCUGGCCCGGGGAGACGGAGCUCGGCCGAGCCGGGCGCGCUCUCCUACCUUGGCGGAUCCCACGGGAGGGCGUGAGGAGCGGGCUGCCCUGCCAGGCUGAGGAUCCUCUGGGGGAGAGGAAAGUGGAGUUGGUGUUUUAUGGUGAGGCCAGCCCCAGCCACCUCUGGGUUAGGGUGGAGAAGGGCAGGGGAGCCGCCUUGAGCCUCCCCCUCUCCUUGCGCUGGAAGCAUCCUUCUCUGUGCCCGGGCGAAAUCUCCCCAGCUAGAAGAGCCGCCGCCCUCUUUCUCCUGCCAAACGCUUGAACUCUCUCCCGAGGAGACUGACGCGAAGCCGUUCCUUAUUCAUCUCCCCACACUUGUUUACCCGUCCCAGAGAGCUUGGGAGUGCCAGGCUACGCCUCCGCCCCAGCCACCCUCCUCGCCGGAGUCUGUGAGGGAACUCUCCCCUGCCCCCUCCCCAGUUGAAAAUUAUCUUCUCCCGAGACCUCUCUCACGUCUCCGCUCCAACUUGCCCUUGAGCAAAAGUUUCCUUUCAGGCUGACACUGAGGAUGGCUUCUUUUUAAGGGGUUGAUGACAUUUUUGUUCCAUUUUGUCCUGCCCCACUGUGGCACUAGUGCAGCUCUGAUUUGCCUUCUCCCACCCCUGUGGGUGGGGGUGGUUUCAUUUCUCCUGCCAUGCAAAGUGGGGAGUCCAUGCCAGCAGCUACAGUAACAGCUAUGAAAGUGUCAGAGAGUGAAGGCAAGUUGGAGAUCUUGCUCCCAACCCAAAACUGCACUGGCAAGAGCAGCGGCAGCGGGCUCAACAGCAGCCGAGGAGGAAGCAGUAGCAAAGUGUGGCAGUACAGUGAUCACAUGGAAAACAUUUCUGGCUAUUUGAUGAAGUAUACAAAUCUUGUAACAGGCUGGCAGUACCGGUAUUUUGUCUUAAACAAUGAAGCUGGCCUUUUGGAGUAUUUUGUGAAUGAACAGUCCAGAAACCAGAAACCUAGAGGUACCUUGCAGCUGGCUGGAGCCGUGAUAUCCCCUAGUGAUGAAGAUUCUCAUACUUUUACAGUGAAUGCUGCUAGUGGAGAACAGUAUAAACUUAGAGCUACAGAUGCCAAAGAAAGGCAGCACUGGGUCAGCAGGCUUCAGAUAUGUACACAACACCAUACUGAAGCAAUUGGAAAGAACAAUCCUCCUCUGAAAUCUCGCAGCUUCUCUCUGGCAUCUCAAGGAAGUGGUUCUCCCGGUAUGCAGAGAAGAUCCAGCCAAAAUGCAGCUUCCUUUUUCAGUGUUGGCCAUCACAAGUUGCCAGCUGGGAAGAGAAUUCCCAUUCUGCAGCCAGAUCACUUAAUUGAUGUACGAGAGAAGAUGUCUCAAGCUGAAGGACAGCAGAGAGACUUGGUAAGAAGCAUCGAAUGCCUUCCUGCCUCUGGUCAUCUUUCUUCCUUAGACCAGGACCUACUGAUGCUCAAGGCAACCUCCAUGGCGACAAUGAAUUGCUUAAAUGAUUGUUUUCACAUUCUCCAGCUGCAGCAUGCAUCACAACAAAAGGGAUCCUUAUCUACUGGAACAACUAUCAGUUGGUUGGAACCAAAGAUCUCUUUGCCAAAUCACUUCAAAAAUGGGGCUGAUCAGAAUUUCCCUGCAGAUCAAACCAAGGCAUCAUCAGUCAGAGAGGAACAGUCCAGUUCCGAUUCUGGUCAGCUAACCAGGGAACCAGAGGAAAUAAAUCCACAAGAUGAGCUGGAAGAUACAUGUGAGAAUAAAGAGGAUGACCUUGGAGCUGUGGAAGAACAACGCAGUGUUAUCUUGCACCUUCUUUCUCAACUCAAACUUGGCAUGGACUUAACAAGAGUGGUUCUUCCCACUUUUAUUUUAGAGAAGCGUUCUUUGUUGGAAAUGUAUGCUGAUUUUAUGUCCCAUCCAGAUCUCUUCAUUGCAAUUUCCAAUGGCACAAGUCCUGAGGAAAGGAUGAUCCGUUUUGUUGAAUAUUAUCUCACUUCCUUUCAUGAAGGACGCAAAGGGGCAAUUGCCAAAAAACCAUACAAUCCAAUCAUUGGGGAAACGUUUCACUGCUCAUGGAAGAUGGUGAAGAGCAAUGUACUGAAUGGCACUAAUACUAACUCUUCAACUGAUUCUUUCUCUGAGCAAGUGCCUGUUUCAGAAGAGACCCAGGAUCAAGAAGAGUCAGACUCUUACACAGUCAGAUUUGUAGCAGAACAAGUGUCUCAUCACCCUCCAGUCUCAGGGUUCUAUGCUGAAUGUGUGGACAGAAAGAUGUGCGUUAAUGCUCAUGUCUGGACAAAAAGUAAAUUCCUAGGCAUGUCAAUAGGAGUAACCAUGGUUGGUGAAGGUACUUUAAGUCUUCUGGAACGUGGAGAGGAAUACACAUUCUCAUUGCCUUGUGCAUAUGCGCGAUCAAUUUUGACAGUCCCAUGGGUAGAACUGGGAGGGAAAGUCAGUGUUAAUUGUGCAAAAACUGGAUACUCUGCAAGUAUUACGUUUCAUACCAAGCCUUUCUAUGGUGGCAAACUUCACCGAGUCACAGGUGAGGUGAAGCAGAAUGCUACCAACACAGUGGUUUGUAAAGUACAAGGUGAAUGGAAUAGUAUCCUUGAGUUCACCUACAGUAACGGAGAAACAAAAUGCAUGGACUUGACAAAGUUGUCUCUGACAAGGAAAAGAGUGCGGCCCGUAGAGAAGCAAGGUCCAUUUGAGUCCAGGAAACUGUGGCAACACGUGACGGAGUCCCUGAGGCACGGGGACAUUGAAAAGGCCACAGAGCACAAGAAAGCACUUGAAGAACAGCAGCGAAAUGAGGAGAGGCUCCGAAUGGAGACAGGCGCUUUGUGGCAGACAAAAUACUUUGUUAAGGACGGAGAUGGCUGGGUUUAUUAUAACCCUCUCUGGAAAAGAAUGCCUGCAGUACAAAAUCAUGAAGUGGACACUAACUAGAUGCAUUUCUUCAAAAUAAUUCUUCUCGUUUGUCUAAUCUCUACAACUUCCAAAAUGCUGUAUCUGACUAUUGGAUUCCUUCUGGAUUUUUAUACAAUUGCACAAAAUUAAAUAAGCAGAUCUAGGGCACUUUAAAGUUGUAGAAAAUCAAAAGGUCGAGAAAGAACAUUUCCAGCUAUGUUUCUGCUUCCUCGUUUAAAAAACAACAACCUUCUAUGGCACUCAACAUUUUAUUUGAACAUUGUCUUUUUAAGCACACUCUGCAAAAGCUGCCUAAGUUUUCUUUUAAAAAAAACAGACAAAAAACCCUAGAUGCAGUGGCAUUGAGAAUUGGCUAGGCUACUUUGUUCAAAUGGAUAUAUCCAGAAUAAAACCUGAACAGUGUUUUAAAAUCUGGGCUUCAAUUUGCACCCAUUUCUGAACUAUUCUGCGCUCAUAUAAAGAGAAGCCAUCUUUGUCUGCUCUGGAUUGCCUUUGCUGAAAACCAUGAAGAGGAAACUUUUCAUAGAUCUGACCUCGGAAUCAGUGUUAUGAGAUGCCUGGAUAAGAACUUGACACUACUUUUUAAAGUUAUUUCUUGGAAGCAGUAUGUGCAUAGCAGUGGAAGAAUGAGGGAUUCAUGUAAGCUACAUCAUAUUUAAAGCAGUAUAACAUAGAUUAGAAUCGUAAGUAAGGGGUUUUUCCUGUCUGCAAAAGAAUAAAGUGGGAGAGGAAGAGGGGGCAGAGGUAAACUCAGACCAAAUUUCAGCUGAUUUUUUUUCAGCCUCAUUUCCUUGGUGAGCUGUUUAUAAUUGUUACAUGCUGUAAAUACCAUGAAAAUAUUUAGUCUCCUUAUAAACGAAGAUUGAGACUUGAAUUAUGCAACCUUUUUAAAAAAAAAAAUGUUAUUUCCUUUAUCUCUCUGCCCCUCCCUCUCUUUGGAUCAUCUGUAAAACAGAGUUAGUGUUCUAAGCUGUCCAGGCAAGUAAUUACAUUUCUCUGUUCAAAUUCAAGCAUUUGUGUGUGCCCAUCAAGUAGAAGGACUGUACCUUUACUUUUUCUAUAGUACCUGAAAAGCUUGCGUUUUUGCUAUUGGAGUGCAUACAAAACCAAAUGCAAUCUGAUAUCAGGAACCCAUGGUCAGGUAAAAAUAUCCCUUGUUUUUUAUAUUACAAUAUUUUACUGAAGUCCAAGAAUUGCUGGCAAUUAAGAAUAGUACUGAUUUAUGGCUUUCAUUCUUAUUACUAUGAGCUACCUUAAUUUUUCUAAGAGUGGUGCCUUACUCUAUUUCUUAUGAUGUAGUCUUCCAAUCAGUGUAUAUACCAUAGUCAACAAAAAAUAGCCUCUCCCUACCAUCAUGAAAAUGUGUGUGUAUGUGUGUAUGUGUGUGUCAAGUGCUUUUAUUUUUCUUCCAUAAAGAGGGAUAUAUUAGUAUAUUUAACCAUCCAAAUGUGGUUAAAUAACCAUGCUUAUAUUCCACAAAGGCUAAAAAGAACUCAGAGGAAUGAGUUUGAGGUUUUAUGCAUACAGGUUGAUAUUCCCUUGUAUUUCUUUUUCUUUCUGCUGUGAAAUGCACUGAAACCUUACUGUGAGUUGUGUAUGAUACCAUGCGUGAUUAAUGGGGAGGGAAGAAAAUAAAAUGAUCAAAAGGAA